AUGCUGCAAAUCACCUUUGCUCUCCUGGGAGUUUCCCUAUUUUUCCAUUAUUUCUGGAAAAAGGCCAGUCCCAAUCUGCCGCCUGGGCCGAAGCCACUCCCUAUCGUUGGUAAUAUCAGAGAUAUGCCACCCGUAGGAGCACCAGAAUACCAGCAUUGGCUCAAGUUCAAAGACACCUAUGGCCCUAUCAGUUGCGUCACCCUAUUCGGACAAACUAUGAUUAUCAUUCACGACCGUGAUGCGGCACACGAUCUUUUUGAGAAAAACUCGACGAAAACCUCAGGGCGACCACAACUGCACUUCGCCAGUAAACUAUGUGGUUACGGAGUGCUUCUGAGCUUCCAGCAAUACAACGCCACGCAUCGGCUGCAUCGCAAGUUGGUUCACCGGCAACUGGGUACAAAGGCCGUGGCGUCGCGGUUUCACGACAUUCAAGACGUAGAAUCACGUCGAUUUCUCCUGCGAGUUCUGGAUAGCCCUAUCAGCUUGAUGGAACACAUAAAGACUGAGGCGAGCGCUAUCAUUCUACGAAUAAUAUACGGCUAUUCCAUCGCUCCGCACACGGCCGAUCCUCUAGUCCUUUUGAUUGAGCGCAUGAUGCAUGAUGUAUCUCUUGCGUUUGUCCCUCUAUCCUGGCUGGUUGACACUCUACCAAUACUCGAGUAUCUCCCGGAAGGUCUUCCAGGAAUGUCGUUCCGAAAGAUAGCCCGCAAAUGCAACGAGAUCACUCAUAUGGUUAUCGAAAUUCCCUAUGCGUUUGUUCGGCAGCAAAUGGCAAAUGGAACCCACCGAGCAUCAUAUGUCUCUUCGCUUGUCGCACAGCAUACUAACGACAAUGGUGAAAACAAAAAACUGGACGAGAACAGCGAGAAUGCCAUCAAGAGAACGGCCGCGAUCAUGUACGCUGGAGGUGCCGAUACUACUGUGUCAUCCAUCAGUAGCUUCAUCUUGGCCAUGAUACUUUUCCCCGAGGUUCAGAAGAAGGCACAAGAAGAGAUUGAUAACGUUGUCGGUGUCGACAGGCUGCCUCAAUUUGAAGAUCGAGACAGUUUGCCGUAUGUAAGUGCUCUGGUGAAGGAAACGCUCCGGUGGCUCCCGGUUGCGCCGUUGGGUGCAGCACAUGCGACUGAUGAGGAGAUCAACUACGGGGAGUUUCGCAUUCCAAAGGGAGCCAUCCUGAUGCCGGCAAUAUGGUGGUUUUUGCAUGACCCGCAGACCUAUUCAGAUCCGUCUUCCUUUGACCCUGAUAGGUACCUGGAACCUCGAAAUGAGCCAGACCCUGCGAAUGACUCUUUCGGAUACGGCCGAAGAAUAUGCCCAGGCCGGUUCCUAGCGGACGAUAGCCUCUUCAUUACCAUCUCACGUCUCUUGGCCGCAUUUGAUAUUGAAAAGGCUGUUGACAAUUUAGGCAAUAAAAUUGAUCCUAAGAUGGAGGCGACGCCUGGUCUGAUUAGCCGUCCGCUCGACUUCCCUUACAGCAUAAAGCCGAGGAGUGCGAGGCAUGUGGAGUUGAUCAGAUCUGUCGAGAUUGAGCAUCCGUGGGAGAAGGGGAGUGAUGCUAGUCUUCUGAAGGGCGAUUUUUCUAUGGUGUAG